AUGGAUUUAGGUAGAAUGAAAGGCAUUUCCAUAUGUCGGGAGGGUCCUAGUGUCUCCCACCUCUUUUUCGCAGACGAUAGUAUCAUUUUCUACAAGGCGAUCAUUGAGGAAUGUGAUGCCUUACAACAGAUUCUGAAUGUGUAUGAGAACUCAUCGGGCCAACAAUUGAACCAAUCCAAGACCUCAUUGUUCUUUAGCCCAAAUACUUCAAAAAGUACUAAAAAUGAAAUCAAGUCUAGGUUUGGGGCUCAAGAGAUAAAACAACACGAAAAGUACUUGGGCCUUCCCUCCUUAAUAGGGCAAAAUAAAAAGAAGUCCUUCAGAGAAAUAAAGGAUAAGUUGUCAAGAAAGUUGGCAGGAUGGAAAGAAAAGUUACUCUCAAAAGCUAGGAAGGAAGUGUUGAUUAAGGCAACAACACAAGCUAUAUCUACAUAUGCCAUGAGUUGCUUCAAGGUCCUUGAUUCCCUUUGUGAUGAGAUGACCAGUCUAAUCAAAAACUUUUGGUGGGGGAAACGCAAAGAGGAGUGUAAGACGGCUUGGAUCAGUUGGGAAAAACUGUGCGUGCCAAAGGCUUGUGGUGGUAUGGGAUUCAUACAACUUAAACAGUUCAACUUGGCAUUGUAUGGGGUGCAAUCCUUCCUUUGCUUGGAGAAGCUUGAUGGCAGCGCAAGAAGUGGUGCAAAAGGGGGUAAGAUGGCAGAGGAGGGGACAUGGAAAACAGAGCUUAUCCAACACUUAUUUCUACCCCAUGAAGUGGACAUAAUACAAGGAAUUUCACUGAGCUCCAAACUGCUAGAUGAUAGGCUGGUAUGGGCUUCUACAGCAAAUGGGAUGUUCACGAUGAGAAGCGCAUACAAGAUUGCAAUGGAAAUGCACUUGGGGGCUGCCUUAGGGACUGUAUUUGAUGAUAGCAAUUCAAGGAAAUUCUGA